CCACCCUGGGCAGGUCACAUGCAACCGCCAAGAGGAUUCCCACCAGCCCAGCGACUCGGCUCGGCCACUCGCUCGGUGGCUGCAGCGGUUCUUGGGAGUUCUGCCUCUCGGAUCGAUCAGCUGAACAGUCAAGCGUCUCUUAUAAAUCGAUACAUCCCAGCCUUCCCACAUCUUACUCUCCGCGUUAACAAUAAUUCCGCCACCGUGGCGUCUGCGCCACUCUCGCUUCUCCAGCGGUUCUGGACCGCCACGUCAUCCACCCUCUGCAACGCCUUAUCGCCUGUUCCAGGCCGGCGGUAUGCAUCGUUUACCGAGAAUGAUACCGGUCACGAGGACUGUGGCGGUGACGAGGGUUCUGGCCAAGGCUCCACCCCUCCCGUAAUUCCGGAAUCCCCCUCGCGAAGCCUUCGGCGUAGCGAUUUCCUGGCGACGAGUCAGCAUCCGGGUGAAUCGCGAAGCCGUGGUGCGUAUGCCGUCACCAGCCCAGCCAGGCGAGUGGAUCGGAAUGCGAACGCUGCACCGCGCAACGCCGGAGGAGCGUCGGAACCGCCGACAGUGUCAAGCAUGGGGAUGGGGGGAGCGGGAGUUCCCCUGAACCCGAACGCCCUCGUGCGUCCGGGGAUCGGCGCCGUUCCGAGCAGCAGCAACAGCGGAGGGGGUAGCGGCGGGGCAUCGCGGGUUAAAGGAGCACCGUACGGGCAAAGGGGACAGGAGCGGGAGCAGCGUUUCCAGCAGCAGCAGCAGCAGCAGCAACCGCGGAGCCAGCGGCAGCGUCCCACGAGUCAGGGUAGCGAUAUCAGCGCUCACGUGGGGAGCUCUCCCACGAGUAGCGGCACCAGCGGCGACAGCGACGGCAGCAGCAGGGGCAGCGGAUACAGCUCUGGCAUUGGCUCUGGCGGUACGGAGGGGUUUCGAACCCCGCUUGAGUCCCCGUCAGGGAGCUUAGGCAGCUACCAGCACAGACCCAAGCGUCAGUUCGUGGGCAGGAACGGCGGGAGAGGCAGAGAAACGCCGGGGGAGAGGGGUUUGUCGGAGCAGGCGGCGGGGAGAGGGGGCGCGCGCAGUGUUUCCCCGGUUCCUGACGAGCGGCCAGGCACUUCGAGGCAGCUGUUCGGGGGGAAGGCGGAGGGGCAGUGGGGGGAGGGGGAGCGGGAGGAGCAGCGGCGGCGGAAGCAGGCUAGAGUGAGCGCACGGCAUGCAGUGCAAGGUGGAGAGAGAGGAGGCGCCGCAUCAUCUCGAGCUGUUGCGGGAACACCUGCUGUACAAUCGUCACCCACCCCUGCUGCUCCUGCACCUCCGCCGAUUCUACCGUCCCCACCUGCCAUCCGUGUACCAUCUUCUUCCCCUGUAUUAGGUCGCACCUCCCCCGCUGCUUCUCAGUCCCCUGCUCUCCGCCCUCCUGUUUCCCAUUUGCCUCUGCACGAACAGCAGCAGCAGUGGCAGCAGCAGACGCAGCAGACGCAGCAGCCACAGCCACAGCCGCUGCAGCAGCAGCAGCAAGGCGGGGCUGAUACUGUAGCACCUGGUCAAACGUCAGACGCACUGCAGCAGCAUCAGCAGCAGCAGAGAAUUAACAUGACGAUGGCUGCUGCAGUCGAGCUGCUGACGCCUGAGAAACGACCUUUUCACCUUCAAGGCCCCACGCGGGACUUGCGGGCGAGGUGGCAGGGGGAUGUGCUGCAGCGCAGUGGGGGCAUGCGCAGGACGUCCUCUCUGCCCAAGCUGACCUCCCCGCAGGAGAAGGUGCUGGGCUCCAUGCCUCCCAUGCGCCGCUUCCUCGUCGACAUGAUCAUGGGCUGCGACUUCAUCGACAUACUGUCGCCAGAGGAGGUGGACGCACUGGCGAUAGUGCCCGUGCCUGUGGCUGAGAACUUCCUGCGAAGGAUGCCGCCCCACCCGCACCGCCGCAUGUGCGAGCCGGGAGCAGGGGAGCUGCUCUUUGACGAGGGCAGGCAGUCAUACCUGGAGGUGCGAGUGGAGGAGGACGGCAACAGGCAACCCAAGAUCGCUGCCAUUGACGUGUGUGCAGAGCCGGGCAACACAGUUGCACACCGGCAGCUAGGCAGGGACAGGAUCUUGAGGGUGACUUUCCCUAUGACCAGGAGUUCCAACCAGGGAAUGACCCACUACGCAAAAUUCCUCCAUGAAGGAAUAGUCGUGGGGCUAAGGCGCUUCCAUUUCCUCGGCUACAAGGGGUCGCAGGGCAACUUCAAGUCGGGCGAGGCGGACAAGGUGUUCAUGUUCGCGCUGCGCUCCAUGGCCCCGGCGGACAGCAACCCCGCCGCCUUCCCCCUCUACCCCUCCAUUAAGGACGUCUGGAACCGCUUCGCCCACUUUCACACCUGCCCCACCAUCCACAAGACUGCAGCUAGAAUCGAGCUCUUGUUCUCCCAAACCUACUCUUUCAUGAAUCUACGAGCAGAGGACGUGCAGAUCGUGCCGGAUAUCAAAUGCCAGGAUGGCAGCAUACCCACGGAUGGUACAGGUCUCAUCCUGGCGUCGCUCGUGCCCCCCAUGGAGGUCACAUCCGGAGUCGCCUACCUGCCGGCUGCUUCCCUGCCUUCGUUGUCCCCCUCCCCCCUCUCCAGUUCCCCACCCUCCUCCUCCUCAUCCCUCCCUUCCCCCUCAUCGCCGUCACCCAACCAGCAGCAGCAGCAGCCACUCGGAGUGGCACUGCCGCGGCCGGCAGUGCUGCAGGUGCGGGGGUACCUCAACGGCAUGCUCUUCAAGGGCACGCUGCUGCUCGUCACCCAGUUCCCUGCCUCUAUGGGCGUGCGGCCGGGAGUGCAAGUGGUGGUGCGAGACAGUAUGGUGAAGGUUAAGCCUGACCCAGGGCUGCUGCAAGCUAGGGAUGUGGGCACGGGGCCCGGUAGAUGCAUGGCUCCUGUGAACAAGCUAGAAGUCAAUGACACAAGCAAGGCCCCCUCCGAGGCGACGUUCAACCGUGCGCUGCUGCUGCUGCUGGUGGCGCGUGGCGUGCCGCAGGAGCUCUUCCUCUCCCUGGCCCGCAGGCAGUGUGCACAGAGCAUGGAAGUGCCCACCGGCGUAUACGCUGCUGCCAAGUACCUCCUGCGCAGUGCGAGCCACUCGUCCUCAUUGGCCUACUCCAUGCAGCCCCUGCAGAUGCUGGCCUGUGGCAUCCCGCUCUCCGAGCCCUACCUGCAGGACGCGCUUCAGAAGCGACUCAAGAACGCAGCAGAGUCUCUCGAAAAGGGGCACGUGGCGGCAGAGCGAUCGUACUAUCUGAUGGGGGUGGCGGACCCCACUGGCACACUGCAACCAGACCAAGUCGUCGUGCUGCUCAAGGACGGCCCGGUGACAGGCCCCUGUGUCAUGUACCGAAGCCCUUCCCUGCACCCCGGCCACCUGCGCCGAAUGAACGCCGUCCACUCGCCGGCCAUUGCCGCCCUGCUGCCGCCUGGCGCACGCUACUGCGUGAUCUUCCCCGUGACGGGGGCGCGGUCGGUGACGGACACGAUGAGCGGGGGCGACCUGGACGGGGACACGUUUCUGGUCUGCUUCCAUCCCCAGGUGACGAGUACUUUCCAGGAGAUGGACCCCCCGCCACGAACCGUUCGAGUGCCGGUGGAUGGGGGGAAGGCACCGGCAGCCCUGAAGCCGGGGGAUUUGGAAAAAGCGCUGCUGGCCGUGUGGAGCAAGAUGGCAUCGGGGUUUAGUGUGACGGGGCGGGCUUACAACCUGCAUGAGUCGUACAUGGACGAGUACGGCCCGCACCACGCGUACUGCGAGCAGCUCGUGCGUAUCUACGAGCGCGCACUCGAUGCGUCAAAGACCGGCGAGGAGGUGUCCAUACCCCGUGUAUUGGAGCGGCCCCAUCGCCCGCACUAUGCGGUGACCCCAGCCCAGGCUGCGGCGUCUGCGACUGUGUUCCGCUCGCGCACUGUGAUGGGACAGAUCUAUGACCUUGUGCAACAGGCCAAGGCGCGUCCCAACGAGCGCGACCUACUCAAAGCACUUGAGCACGACCCUGACCUCAUCCUGUUCCCCGCGUGCGCACCAUCGGCGGAGUUCAAGGAGCACAGGAAGCUGCUGGGGGAGUGGAGCAAGCACUGCUGGGCGUACAACAAGGCCAUCAGUGAGAUCUUCCGCCGCAACCUCUCUAACAAGCAGCGCGACCUGCAGAUGCAGCUGCAGAAGGAGCACUAUCGGAGGAUUCUCUAUGAUGGCUGGUCGCCAUCUUUUGAGGAGCCUUGUGUGCCGAUGCGUAUCCUGCGUGCGGCAAGCGUAAUUUACGAGGCAACGUACAAGCACGCCAAGGAAAAGGCCACGAAGCAUAUUGAGGAUAAGGCACGGGGCACUGGAUUUCAGGAGCGGUACAACCCACCGCUGAGCUUUGCAUGGAAAGUGGCGGGGGAGGUUCUUUGUGAGAUCAAGGCACGGCGGAAUGAGGCCUGGUUUCUGGCGUCCCAGAAGCAAUUUCUGCUCAUGUCCGUGCCGGGUGGCAGGCAUAGUAGGUGGGGUGAGGGGGGUGGGAGUGUGAGAAAGGUGGUGACUGUGGGCCCGGAGGGGAGGGUCAUGGUUGUUGCUUCAGGUCAAGGAGGGACGGAGGAUGGGGAGGAGACAGAUGGUGGUGAGGAUUAGGAUUGUUACCUCACUUGGGAAGUUGGAUUGUUUUAUAGGUAUGACUGGAUUUGACUUUAAGAAGGCAAGCACAGCGUCAGCCGCAAGGCUGCCUGGCACCUUCUUUCUUAGAAAAUCACAUCUAGUGAUUCUUAUUGCACCCACUUAUCAAUACUGUGUUUUGAGGAUAUUCUUGUCA